CCUAAUGAAGCAGUGACGUCAUCAUCACGUGACCUCUGACGUCACCGGGACAGGGACUAGCUCCGCCCACUCACAAUGGCUGGGCAGGCUGGGGUACCUGCUCUGGCCCUCUACUUCGUAGUCGCCUUCCUUACCGCAGUGACGUGCGAUCUCCUGAAGGGCGUGGAGGUCCCCCUGUACGCCGUUGCAGGGGGCCGUGUCAACGUCAGCUGCAUGUUCGACCUUGGCUCCACCGGCCUCUACUCUCUCAAGUGGUACCACAAUGACACCGAGUUCUACCGCUUCGUGCCCACUGAGACCCAUAGAUCCGUGGAUAUUAAGCCUACGAUAAAGUUCCAAGUUCAUGAGGUCUCCCGCACUGACCGCCAGGUGACCCUCAGCAUCACCAGCAUGACCUCAGCUGCCACGGGCGAGUAUAAGUGUGAGGUUAUAGCAGAACACCCUUCCUUUAGAACCGAGACGGACAGUGCUAUUAUGACUGUGUUAGACGAGACCCCAUCUCCCCCUGUUAUCACUGGGACCCAGGAAUUGUACGAGGAUGGUGACAUCAUCAAGCUCAGGUGCCAGCCAGAGAGCAUCCCCGUGUCUGGCCCUUCCCCUUCCAUCAUGUGGUUUAUCCAGGGACGCCCAGCGAGGCGAGAAUACGUCUCUCCCUACAGAGAAGACACGUACUCGGAGGAAUCUGGAAAAAUUCUUCAGGUCCCAGCUACACAGAUAUCCUCGGGCGGGGGCGCCGUCAAGAUCGAGUGCGUCCUCAAGCUGGGCAGCCUCGAACUGCGUGCGAACGAGACCUUGAGAGUGAGGGUCCGACACUCCUCGUAUCUCUCCAAUUACUUCUCGGCGGCAGGGAUGGUCCACUACCCGACACCAGCGCCCAUUAUUGGUCUCCUUAUCCUACUGCUAUUUCUUCUACGACAAGAUUAAGAACUUCAAGAUAAAGAGAAAAUGAAAGAAUGUGAAAUAAGAAGAUGAGAGAAAUGGUGAAAGAACGAGAGAUGUUUGUUUUAUUAUUGUCUUUCUCUCUCUUCUCAUCUUUGUUUAUUACAUGAUGCGUUGCGCUAAAUAUGAGAGCAUUUGAUCUUGGCGUUGCAAGCCCAAGUGAUGAUACUAAUAGAUGCAGUCUUUUAGGACUAAAAAUAUCGGUACUAAAGGAAUAAUUGUAAUGGGCAGGACCGAUAUCCUAUGCGAGAAUUCAUCACGGAAAAGCCUCUUUUAUAACGAAGAAAAUAAUAGAUCUUUUCGUGGAUUUCUUUUUUAUUAGAUACUAAUGUACUGUAA